AGGUCAAAUGUUUUGGAAACUUAGUAGCCUACCACUUUCUAAUUUUACGAAUUCUAAGGUUUGAAGUUUUCAUUACAACACAAAACUUACACACGAAAACGUUUCCUAUCCUUCACACUAACACCAAAUUAAAAUUCUCAUGCCGAUUGGUUUCAUCAACAAAAUAUAUUUAGAAAAUGGAAAGUUAUUUGAAAGAGAAUUUUGAGGUCGAGCCGAAGAACCCAUCCGAAGAAGCGUUGAAGAAAUGGAGAUCAGCCGUUUGGCUCGUGAAGAACCCACGUCGGAGGUUUCGUAUGGUGGCUGACCUUGCCAAACGGGCUGCAGCUGAGAAGAAGCGAAGGAAGAUACAGGAGAAAAUUAGGAUUGCAUUGUAUGUGCAAAAAGCAGCAUUGCAAUUCAUUGAUGCUGCUAACAGAACCGAACGUAAGCUCUCUGAAGAAGUUGUGCAGGCCGGUUAUGACAUAGAACCUGAUGAUCUUGCAUAUAUAGUCCGUUCACAUAAUAACAAAACUUACGAUUUCCAUGGAGGACUUCAAGGACUAGCUAGAAAGAUUAGAGUCUCAUUAAGGGAUGGUGUUUUUUCAAGUGAUAUAUCUAAAAGACAACAAAUCUUUGGUUAUAACCGGUUUGUGGAAAAGCCUCAAAGGGCAUUAUGGAUGUUUAUAUGGGAUGCGUUACAGGAUAUGACGUUAAUAAUUCUUAUGGUAUGUGCGGUUAUUUCUGUUGGAGUUGGGAUUGCGACUGAAGGGUGGCCAAAAGGUAUGUAUGAUGGGUUAGGAAUUAUUCUCUGCAUACUUUUGGUUGUGGUGGUUACGGCGGUUAGUGACUAUAAACAGUCGUUGCAGUUUAAAGAUUUGGAUAAAGAAAAGAAAAACAUAAUCAUUCAAGUCACACGAGAUGGGACUAGAAAGAAGGUUUCCAUAUAUGACUUGGUUGUUGGAGAUGUUGUUCAUUUGUCAAUUGGAGAUCAAGUGCCUGCAGAUGGGAUAUUUAUUGAUGGUUAUAGUUUAACAAUUGAUGAAUCAAGUUUAUCAGGUGAAAGUGAACCGGUUAACAUAGACAAACAAAGACCGUUUCUUUUAUCAGGGACUAAAGUUCAAGAUGGGUCGGGUAAAAUGCUGGUGACAUCUGUAGGAAUGAAAACAGAAUGGGGAAGAUUGAUGGUGACUUUAAGUGAAGGUGGAGAUGAUGAGACUCCGUUACAAGUGAAACUCAACGGGGUUGCAACCAUUAUUGGGAAAAUCGGGCUAGCUUUUGCUGUGUUGACAUUUUUGGUACUGACUGCACGGUUUAUAAUCAUGAAAAUGGUUAAUAAUACAAUGGGCCAAUGGUAUAUGAGUGAUGCUUUGGAACUUUUAAAUUAUUUUGCUAUAGCAGUCACUAUACUAGUGGUUGCAGUUCCAGAAGGGCUACCAUUGGCCGUGACACUAAGUUUAGCGUUUGCCAUGAAGAAAUUAAUGAAUGAUCGUGCACUCGUGAGACAUCUUUCUGCAUGCGAGACAAUGGGCUCGGCUACCUGCAUUUGUACUGACAAGACAGGAACUUUGACAACAAAUCAUAUGGUUGUGACCCGGUUAUGGGCUGCUGGUGAAUCCAAAGACAUUAAAAGUAAAAACAAACUGAAAUCUUCACUCUCAGAGAAAGUGUUAAGUGUCCUUUUGCAAUCCGUAUUUCUAAAUACAAGUUCCGAGAUUGUGAAGGAUGAAAUAGGGAAAACUAAUAUAAUCGGUUCUCCAACAGAGACGGCAUUGUUAGAAUUUGGACUACAGUUUCAAAGUAAUUACAAUGAUAUUUCCAAAAAUGUGAAGAUAAUCAAAGUUGAGCCCUUUAAUUCGGUCAAAAAAAAGAUGUCUGUUAUAGUGGCUCUUCCUAAUGGUAAGAUCAGAGCAUUCUGCAAAGGUGCAAGUGAAAUUAUAUUAAGCAUUUGUGAUAAACUUAUUAAUGAAGAUGGAGAAAUUGUACAAAUGUCUGAAAAACAAAGGAAAGCCAUAACAGAUGUGAUUAAUGGUUUUGCUUGUGAAGCUCUCAGAACAAUAUGCUUGGCUUUUAGUGAUCUUGAAACGGGUUCCAGCAGUGAUAAUAUUCCUGAAAAUAAUUACACAAUUAUAGCAGUAGUUGGAAUCAAAGAUCCAGUAAGACCGGGGGUGAAAGAGGCUGUGAAGACUUGUUUGGAUGCGGGAAUAAUGGUUCGAAUGGUGACUGGUGACAAUAUUAAUACUGCUAAAGCCAUUGCUAAAGAAUGUGGGAUUUUGACUCCUGACGGUUUGGCUAUCGAAGGACCAGCAUUUCGCGAAAAAACUCUUGAACAGUUGAGGGAUAUAAUACCGAGACUUCAAGUGAUGGCAAGAUCAUUGCCUUUGGAUAAACAUAAACUUGUGACAUUUUUAAGGAAUGAAUUUAAGGAAGUUGUUGCUGUAACCGGUGAUGGGACUAAUGAUGCCCCUGCAUUACAUGAAGCUGAUAUUGGACUAGCCAUGGGUAUAGCUGGAACUGAGGUUGCAAAGGAAAAUGCCGAUGUAGUCAUUAUGGAUGACAAUUUUAAGACAAUAGUAUAUGUUGCCAGAUGGGGUCGUUCAGUUUACAUUAACAUACAAAAGUUCGUACAAUUCCAGUUGACAGUUAAUGUGGUCGCCCUCAUGACCAAUUUCGUUUCUGCAUGCACAUCAGGGUCUGCUCCUCUUACUGCCGUCCAAUUGCUUUGGGUUAACAUGAUCAUGGACACACUUGGUGCUUUAGCUUUAGCUACAGAACCACCUCAUGACGGUCUAAUGAAAAGACCACCUAUCGGAAGGGAUGUCAACUUUAUAACAAAGGUUAUGUGGAGGAACAUCAUUGGUCAAAGCGUUUAUCAACUCAUUGUCCUCGGCAUCCUCCAGUUUGAUGGAAAAAACCUUCUUAAUCUCAAUGGUCCAGAUUCUACUGCUGUUCUCAAUACAAUGAUCUUCAAUACCUUUGUUUUCUGCCAGGUAUUCAAUGAAAUAAACAGUCGUGAUAUGGAAAAGAUAAAUGUGCUUAAAGGAAUGUUGGAAAGUUGGGUGUUCAUGCUAGUCAUGGUCUGUACUGUGACGUUCCAAAUCAUCAUUGUCGAAUUAUUGGGCACAUUUGCAUCUACGGUGCCACUAAGUUGGUCCUUGUGGUUAACUAGUAUUCUGUUGGGAGCCAUUAGCUUGCCUAUUGGAGCCGCCCUGAAAUACAUCCCGGUUGUCUCUUCUGCACAUCCUGUCAUGGCCAAGCAACAUGACGGCUAUGAACCACUCCCCAGGGGUCCAGAUAUGGCUUGAGAUUUUUAUUUGCACCAAGUGUUUCUAUGUUUAUAUUCCUUGUGAGAUUCAAUUUACAUAUUUGAGACCUUCAUAUACAGGAAACGGUAGUAUUGAAGGGUUUUUUGAUUUAUUUUUUAAGUAUUUCAGAUUUUGGAUUUGAGAUUAAAACGACAUUCUUUUAUUUCCUUUCUCAUUAUUUUGUGAACUUCUUAUUCUUGAUUAA